AUGAACUCCUCCAAUGACAGCAUUUAUGACCCCGACUAUGAGGAUCAAGUCUGUGAAAAAGAAGAGGUGGUCAUAUUUGGAUCCUGAUGCUAUAUCCUGUUUUUCUUCUCCGUUGUGAUCACACUGAGCCUCACAGGAAACAUCCUUCUGCUUAUCAUCCGGUUGUACGAAAACCUCAAGUCUCUUACCAACAUUUUCACUAACCUGGCCAUCUCCGACCUCGUCUUCACUUUCGGUCUUCCUUUCUGGGCAAUUUACGACACCCAGGGAUGGGUUUUUUCAGAGACCCUCUGCAAAAUUGUGUCAUUUAUUUCUUCACUGGGUUACAGCAGCAUUCUCUUCCUGACCAGCAUGACCAUCUACAGGUAUCUAGCUGUGGUUCACCCUCUUUCUUGCUUAAAGACGUAAGAGCUUCAGCACAGGAUUUUUGUGUCUUUCCUCCUGUGGGUGAUCAGUAUUGGAGCAGCCAUGCCCUCUCUGCUCUACAGUUCCAUAGUCUCAAUCCCCCAAAACCGGUAAACACUCCCGGGCUGUGAUUAAACAGCCCAGAUCAAAAACAUUGCUGUAAUCCAACAGAAUGCUUUCUUUGUUUGCUUUGUAGUGAUUGCUUUUUGCUACAUUCGAAUCCUAGGAAAGAUCAUGAGAGCGAGAUCCAAAACAAAGAACAGAGCUGUUAAAUUAGUCUUCUGCAUUGUUGCUGUGUUCUUCCUCGGCUGGGUGCCGUACAAUGUGGUCAUCUUUCUGAGGAUUUUGGCUGAUAAUCUGGUCGGACCAUUUCAAGACUGUGACAUAAGCAUACGGCUUGACUAUGCAUACAGUGUGUGCAGGUUUAUUGCAUUCUUCCACUGCUGCCUGAACCCUGUGUUUUAUGCUUUUGUGGGUGCAAAGUUUAGGAGCCAUUUGAAGUCUGUGCUGCGUCGUAUGCUUAUGCAGAGGUCAGUUGAGGAGCAGCAGGUUACAAUGCAAAAUUUCUCACGUGGAUCUAUGUACUAG